AUGUUGCCUCGUGCCGCCCGUCGCCGAAACCCCCUUCACCAACUACGCUUGUCGACCGAGCAGUUGACUCUACCAUGGCUAUGUCCAGCGGCCCUCCGGGCUCACACUCAAUCACACCGACCGGGAAACAAUGACUCGAAACUGGCCCCUACAACAUCGACUUUACAUCGUCGCUCAUCCUUCUCACAGUCUAGACGCUAUCUGGCAACCGCAACGGAUGGCGUGCCACUUUCAUCGAGUGCCUCGCCAACCCCUUCCUGGCUAUCACCGCUCCUGGGACAGACCUUGUAUAGCGAACCUGCCAUUAUGAUUCAAGAGAGCCAGUUGAUUACCACGCCUACUUUAAAAAGAGUUCGUGGUAUUGGCGGCUCACUCGAGGAGAUGAUGGCCCGUUUUCACGUUCUGCUUCAGACUCGAGAAAUCGAAAAAGCCGCACAAGUCCUCGAUCGCAUGUCAGCAGCCUUUGCGCAUGGCGAUCUUCGCUUUCUCGAUUUACACAAUCAGUAUAUUGAAGCUGUGGUGGGUGAUAUGAUUGAGAAUAAACGCACGGGAGACACGUUGAAAAAGGCAUUGAGUCUGCAAACCUGGUUUGAGGUCAAGUUGCCGCAGGGUUUUCUGAAGCCGAAUGCUAGGACGAUGGCGAUUAUGCUGCGAAUGACGCUUCGUUUGUUUCAUGGCUCGAGGCGCGAUCGGACAGUGAGGAGAUAUUGGAAUAUGGUUAAGCAGAAUAAGUUCGAGGUCGAGGUUUUGUCUAUGCCUGAUCUUUUGACGGAGCGGGAUUUGGGUGAGAUUUCACAGUUAUGUCCUAAUGAGCUGCCAAACUUUGACUUGAUAAUCGAAGACGAACCUGAAUUUGUUGCGGAAGAGACCCCGACUCACAAAGACACAUCUGUUCGUGCGACCAAGCAGAAAGGUCUCGGUCUUUCGUCCUUGAAGUCUACUUUAUCAGUACUUCCGGAUUUUGAUAAUGCCAUCGAGAUAGAGGAUCUCGAAUCGGAAGAAGCAAAGAAAUUACAACGCAAAAGACAGGCAGAACUAGAAGGCAAAGCCGUAGACACAGCUAAGAAACGCUGGCAACGAGAGAUGGAGACUAUGAGAUCGGCAGGUAUCGAUACGUCCGGUGGCGGCAAGACCAUAGCCAGCUUGUUGGAACAAUGGUACAAUGAUUUGGUCAUUAAGGUUAAAGAAGAAAUCAAUACUUUUGGAUCGUCAGAGAAGAGCUCGAAAUUAUCGCCCGACGACAAGACUCGAGAAUACGCAGACUUUUUACGUCUUCUUCCACCUGACACGUUGGCUGCGAUCACAGUGAUGCACAUUAUCCAACUUUUCGCUCGAGCAGGUGUUGAGAAAGGUCUCAAGGUUCCCACGAUUAUGACAUCUCUCGGGCAAGAAGUCCAGAACGAAUUCAUUGCGCAGUCGAUGAUCGCCAAGUCGGAGCGUGAUUCUCGUCACCAGAAAUUCAUCAAGCAGGUCGUGGAAAACAGGAAGAAAAAGGCAGGCCGCAUCAAAUUCAAGAAGCUUUUGACUGAAAUGAAAUGCGACAGCCGCCAAAUCGACUCCGAGCUCAAUUGGCCAAUUGAUGUCCAUGCUAAAGUGGGAGGUGCUUUGUUGUCAUUGUUGUUUGACUGCGCCAAAACACCGGUGGUACAGGAAGAUCCAGAAACGAAAAAACGCAUCACGAUCAUGGAACCGGCUUUUCAGCACUCUUAUGAAAUCAACAGAGGAAGGAAGUUUGGUUUGUUACACGCUCAUCCCGAAGUCACUCGACGACUUAUCCGCGAAGCCCCGAAUGCCGUUCAUGCUCGUCAUAUGCCAAUGCUCUCGGAGCCUCAACCGUGGACUGGGUUUGAUAAAGGCGGAUUUCUUGCACAGCGCAGCUCGAUUAUACGCACAACGCCUGGAGACACUCUUCAACAGUCGUAUAUGAAGAAGGCUUUGGAAAAAGAUGGACUUCCCGAAGUUCGUGCCGGCUUGGACAUUUUGGGGAAGACGGCAUGGACUAUCAACAAUGAUGUGUUUGAUGUUAUGCUAGAGGCAUGGAACACCGGCGAAGCCUUUCCCAAAAUCCCCCCUCUCGAUCCGAAGAUUCCUAUGCCCGAGAAACCGGCGGAUGAUGACAUUGAAGCGAUGAAAGUAUACAACAACAAGCUCCGUGAAGCGGAGAACUUGCGAUCUGGUCUUCAUUCUCAAAGAUGUUUCAUCAAUUUCCAAAUGGAAAUCGCUCGUGCAUACAAGAAUCAAACCUUCUAUCUGCCUCACAACAUGGAUUUCCGUGGUCGUGCCUACCCACUUCCAGCAUAUUUGAACCAAAUGUCUGCCGAUAACGCUCGAUCUCUUCUUCUUUUCAAGAAGGGCAAGGCGCUCGGCGAGGCUGGGCUGAGGUGGUUGAAGAUUCAUCUUUCAAACGUUUAUGGUUUCGACAAGGCGAGUCUACAAGAAAGGGAAGAAUUUACCAUGAAACAUCUGGAUGAUGUUCUUGAUUCGGCAAACAAGGGUCUACAUGGUAGAAAAUGGUUUAUGGAGGCCGAAGAUCCCUGGCAGUGUCUUGCCGCAUGCUGUGAAUUGCGCAACGCACUUCAACUCGAGAGUCCAGCUGAGUAUAUGUCGCGACUGCCUGUACACCAAGAUGGUUCUUGCAAUGGUCUUCAACAUUACGCAGCAUUGGGAGGAGAUAUGGAAGGUGCUCAACAUGUUAACCUUGAACCCGGUGACCGCCCCAAGGAUAUCUAUACUGGUGUCUCGGACUAUGUUACAGAAAAGGUAGCGCGAGAUGCAGCAGCCGGCCACGAGAUUGCCAAGCUUCUUGAAGGAAAAAUCAAGCGUAAAAUUGUCAAGCAGACCGUCAUGACCAACGUUUAUGGUGUCACUUUUGUUGGUGCUAUUCGCCAAGUUCGUCGUCAGAUCGCUGCUCAUUAUCCAGGCCUUGAAGAGGUUCCCGGUAUCAGCAAGUAUAUUGCCAGCGCUAUUUUCGAAGCACUCAGCACGAUUUUCAGUGGCGCCCAUUCUAUUCAGUAUUGGUUGGGAGACUGCGCUACUAGAAUCAGUCAAUCCAUCUCUCCGGACCAACUUGACUUGCUUGCCAAACAUGUCCUUCAGGCCAACCCUUCAGUCAAGGACGAUGCCGAGACUGACCCGCUCAAGAUGUUCCGAUCUACUAUCAUCUGGACCACGCCGUUGGGUCUUCCUGUUGUUCAGCCUUAUCGGGCCGUGAAGUGCCAGCGUGUGUAUACCACGUUGCAGACGUUGAACAUUAUUCAGAAUUCGACAUCAGGUAGUGUGUCUAAACGCAAACAGCUUCAGGCUUUCCCACCGAACUUUAUUCAUUCAUUAGACGCCACUCACAUGAUGCUAUCUGCUAUUGAGUGUUAUCGUCAAGGACUGGUUUUCUCUGCUGUUCACGAUUCGUUCUGGACUCAUGCAUGUGACGUUGACAAGAUGAAUAUCGCUUUGCGUGAUUGUUUCAUUCGCAUGCACAGCGACGAUAUCAUUAAGAGAUUAGCUGCUGAGUUUCGUGCUCGUUAUCAAGGCCACAUUUUUCUCGCCAAGAUUCCCGAGUCAUCUCCCGUUGCACAAGCAAUUGCUAAGUAUCGCAAAGAGAGAUACGGCAACUCAAAGAGAAAAUACUACGUCGAUGAAUUGUUGAUGGAGCACCAACGACAGACCCUUCUACGAUCGGAUGCUCCAGAAUUGCAAGAAAAAGGCCGUGCAAUGGUAACAGCGGCAAGCAUUUUUGAGCGCGUGGGUGGUAGUCACAACGACUUGGCCAUCGCCUCUACGCUUGGCCAGACUGGAACCGGUAAUAUCACGAGUGAAAAACGAGCAGGGGUGUUUGGCAAUGCUGUUGUCGACGACAAGGACCCGGCUGUGGCCAGCUUGUUCUCGGACCUUGACCCACAAUACCUGGACGCCGAGAUUGACGCCAAAAGCCGAGAGGACGUCGUCGGCGAAGAAAGCGGGGACGCCACUCAAGCGGAGGAACCCAAAAUGGUCGAAGACGAAGUCGAGGGGAAACCGAAGUCUACAAAGACAAAAUACAAGAUGGAGUGGGCCUGGCUGCCACUUCAAUUCCGUGACAUUCCCAAGAAAGGUGAAUUCGACGUCAGGCGAUUGAAGGACAGUCAGUAUUUCUUCAGUUAA